AUGACGAACCGCUAUUCUGUCUUCUCCACCCAGUCGGCUGGGCUUUCGGGGCCUCGACCAGUAUCUCAACAUGCCAGCCAAGUUUCAACCACCACAUUGCUCAAUGCUCUUCACUCGUUCUAUACCGCCGGUCAACCAUAUCAACUAGAUGCGAGCACUAGCUUGGUUGUCAAUACUUGGCUCACAGCUGCUACGGUCCUACCAGAUGGUCGAAGUGGCGCAACAAUUGACCGUGAUUUGGCGAUUCGGGCUUGGGAACAUGCUCGGAGACGAGCCGAGGAUGGUUGUAUUCUUCUUUGCUCUCUUCACCGAUCUACCCCAUCAUUGCUAGAACCAUUCCUGACAGCUCUGCCACUCUCCACCCCCGAAGUUGGAUAUACGGCGCUGGCUACCUUGCGACCAUUCCUUGCGGCGGCAACCUCCUUUAAUCCAUCUUACUCCCUCCAUUCAUCCUUGUCGGCAUCUUAUACAUUGACUCUUGGGGGCACGGUGGUUGGCCUGUCUCUUGCUCUGUCAACAUCUGGUAUCAAUGUGACCAAGGGUCUUCUAGAUGUGCCAGCAGAGGCAGGCUACCGUGCCUUCGAUGUAUUCUAUUAUCUGUUGACUUCCGCAUCUACUCCGGCCGAGCGGGAGUUCUUGGAUCUAAAAGAGCCUGCAUCGUAUGCUCUUCUGAACCGAUCCGGCACCUACGUACCUCCAUCCUAUCUACCGACCGCAGAUGAUACCGCAGCGGCAGAGGAUCUUCGUGCAAAUCUGAAGGCUAUUGGUAUCAAGGGCGCCACCCAGCGACAUCUCCUCUCUGUGCUUGCGGGUCUGCUCAAACUUGGAAAUGCUGCAGGGCUCAUGGUGGACCAGGAAGAUCUAGAAGACACUUGCGAGGAAGUAGGUGGUCUUCUGGGCAUUGAUCCCGAGGUUCUUCUGCAUAAAUGCUCUACCGAUGAACGUGAAAUUCUGAUCGCCGGUGUCUACGAAGCUCUCGUGGACUGGAUCAUUGUGAAAGCGAACGAUGCUAUCUCGGUCGAAAUCCAAAAUAUCCUGGAGAAUGUCUCUAGCGUCGGUGGUCCCAGUGCCGCCCACUUGGCUAACGAAGACACUGUUAGCCUGACUGUGAUUGAUGUUCCACGUCCAGCCCUCGGAAAGGCGGUCGCCAUGAGAGGUGUCUUUGACGACGACCUGGGCAUCAAUGCUGAAAUGAAAGAAGACGGUAUCCCCGCCCCACCCAUCGGCCAAUCUGUCAUGGCCGAAUUGAAUUCUGCCAUUUCAGAGGUGGAGGCAGAUCUCGGAAUCACAGGUUCUGCCGCUCGUGAACGAGAGCAUGACCUGGACAGGCGGCAAGGCGUCCUGGAGAAAGUUGGACUGGAAUUUGAGGCAGAUUCGUUCCUGCGCCAAUUGCUCUUCCCUGUCGACGGGGAGGGUAUCUCCUUAGGGAAACGUGGUCGCUUCGAUCUUGCGACCACGCUCCUGAGUAGUCGUGUUUGGUACCAUCUCUCCAUCCAUCCCACUGAUGAACUACCCGAACAGCUGAACAGUUCAAACCCUGCUUGGUCAGCUGGUACGGUCUCUCGACAGCUGCGUGAUUGGCGACUUCCUGAGUGGGCCAAUCGUCGUAUUAAGCAGCUUGAUUUCACCGCAGAUUUUGAUGUGGAAGAGUUUGUCGAUCGGUAUUCUCGGCUGGGAUGCACCGAAGGCCAGGAUGGUGUUCAGAACUGGAUCCUCGAGAGAGGUUGGAGCAAUGGUGAUGCGGUCUUGGGACACCAGCGUAUCUGGAUGCGAGAAGGGGCGUGGUGGGAAGCCGAAACCAUGCUCGAUCUCAAACCAGAUGAGAGCCCGAUGAACCCCUUCGGAUAUGGUGCUGCAUUGUAUGAACCAGGCAUCACACCCGAUGGAAACCCUGUCGGAGAGUCAUCAAACCUCCUGGGAAGUCAGCAUGAUCUUAUGAUGAAUCAGUCCGCUAUGGUCGCCCCAAGUUUCAUCGGUCCAAAGUCGAUUGCCCCAAGCAUGCCUUACACCCAGGCUGGUGGUGCCGGUGACUAUGGUCUUGGUCACAAGGGCGACGAUAACAAGGGAGACAUUGCCUACUACGAUGACAUGGGCCGUUACUUGGGUGAUGGAGAUGCUGAAUACGGAGAUCCCAAGCACAUUGAGAAGAAAACUAUUCCUCUCAGCCGUCGACUCUGGGCAGGAUUUGUAUGGGCACUCACUUUCUGGAUCCCAUCAUUCGUGCUCCGAUAUGUUGGCCGCAUGAAGCGUCCGGAUGUUCGAAUGGCAUGGAGAGAGAAGGUUGUCUUGGUAUUUCUCAUUCUGCUUUUUAACGGCCUUGUCUGCUUCUACAUCAUUGAAUUCGGUACUCUGCUUUGCCCCAACAAGGACAAAGUGUGGAAUAACAAGGAAGUCAGCUGGCAUACUGGAGACAACAAUUUCUUUGUUAGCAUUCAUGGUCGCGUCUACGAUAUCAGCAAGUUCUGGCGUCUCCAGCAUAGCGACGAUGACAUUGAUACGACUUCGACGAAUAUGGAGCCUUUCGCCGGAUUGAAUUUGGAUGCUUAUUUUCCUCCGCCGCUCACCCAAUUCUGUAACCCCUUCGUGACCGACACAUCGAUUGCGCUACAGAAUAAUGACACUAGCGCGAUCGUGUACUCAGAUGCAGAGCACGACUGUGGGCCUCUUAAUUAUCCAUCAAACACCACCGCACUUCACAAAAUCACUUGGUAUGAAGACAAAUUUUUGCCAAAGAUCGCCACUUACUACAAGGGUGAGCUGGUCUGGUCAAAGUCGACUAUCGAGAAGCAAGCCAAUGAUUAUUCGCGGUAUUGGGUCAUUGUAAACCAAAAGGUUUACGACCUGACGAAUUACUUCUACACCGUCGAUUUGUAUUCGGGUGACGACACUUAUGAAUUCUUGCCGACUGCCGUUACUACUUUGUUCAAAAACUACGCCGGUACAGACGUGACAGACAAGUGGCAGGACACAAAGGAAUGGCAGGAAGCGACGAGGUGCCUGGAUUAUGUUUUUUAUAAAGGCAAGGUGGAUUUCCGAGGGGAUGCUCGGUGCACCGUGAACAACUGGAUCCUUCUUUCCUUCACUAUCCUUAUCUGCUGCGUGAUUAUGGUCAAAUUUUUGGCUGCUCUGCAGCUGGGUAGCAAACGACGACCAGCACCUCAAGAUAAGUUCGUGAUUUGCUCAGUCCCGGCCUACACCGAAGGUGAAGACUCUCUGCGAAAGGGCCUGGACUCCUUGACGGCAUUACAGUAUGACAACAAGAGGAAACUCCUCUUCGUUAUCUGCGAUGGUAUGAUUGUCGGUGGCGGCAACGACCGACCAACGCCGAAGAUUGUUCUGGAUAUCCUUGGUGUGGAUCCCAAGUUGGAUCCCCCGGCUCUACCGUUCAGAUCCGUUGGGCAAGGCAGUGAGCAACUAAACUAUGCUAAAGUUUACUCUGGUCUGUACGAGUUCGAAGGCAAUGUCGUCCCUUACAUUGUGGUGGUCAAGGUUGGCAAGGAGUCUGAGCAGUCAAAGACUAAACCUGGCAACCGCGGUAAGCGAGAUUCUCAAGUUAUCCUGAUGCGCUUCUUGAACCGCGUGCAUCAUCGCGCUCCUAUGUCCCCCAUGGAACUUGAAGUCUUCCACCAGAUUAACAACAUCAUUGGUGUGGACCCGGAACUAUACGAGUAUUGCUUGAUGGUCGAUGCCGAUACCAGUGUCAAGGAAGAUUCAUUGAAUCGCUUGGUGGCCGCUUGCGCAGCAGAUGCUAAAAUUGCCGGCAUCUGUGGUGAGACCAGCUUGGCGAAUGAAGAGCGUUCAUGGUGGACGAUGAUUCAGGUCUACGAAUACUACAUCUCGCACCAUCUGGCGAAAUCAUUCGAAUCAUUGUUUGGCAGUGUGUCCUGUCUUCCGGGAUGUUUCACCAUGUAUCGUCUUCGCACUGCAGACAAGGGCCGCCCGCUGAUCAUAUCUGACAACGUGAUCAGAGAAUACGCUGAUAUUGACAUCGAUACACUCCACAAGAAGAACUUGUUGUCACUAGGUGAAGAUCGAUUCUUGACAACCCUCAUGACCAAGCACUUCCCGACAAUGCGUUACAAGUUCCUCCCCGGUGCACAUGCAAACACAGCUGCUCCGGAGUCAUGGAGUGUGCUUAUCUCACAGCGACGUCGUUGGAUCAACUCAACCAUCCAUAACCUGGCGGAACUGGCUUUCCUCGAAAAUCUCUGCGGCUUCUGUUGUUUCAGCAUGCGGUUUGUCGUCCUCGUUGAUCUCAUUGGAACACUCAUUCUCCCUGCUACGUGUGUCUACCUCGUUUAUCUGGUAUACUUGAUCGCCAGUGGUACUGGUCCCUUCCCGUUGAUCUCGAUUAUCAUGCUGGCUGGUAUGUAUGGCCUCCAAGCUCUCAUUUUCAUCAUCAAACGCCAAUGGCAACACAUUGGAUGGAUGAUCAUCUAUCUGCUCGCAUUCCCAAUUUUCAACUUCGUGUUGCCCCUCUACUCGUUCUGGAAACAGGAUGAUUUCACCUGGGGUAGCACUCGCGUGGUCAUUGGCGAGAAGGGAGCAAAGCGGAUCAUUGCUUUGGAAGAUGAAGGAUUUGAUCCUCGCAGUAUCCCACUGCAACGGUGGGACGACUACGCCAUGGCUAACAACCUGCCUGGUCGACGUGGAGAACCCGUGUCGGAAAAGAUCUACUCUGCUGGUCCUUACGUGGAUGACAUGGAGAUGGAUGAAAUGCACUCACAGUACUCAUCCGUGAAGCCUGCAUCUACAAUCCUCACCGGUUUCCCGGGCCAUGGUCGCCACGCUAGUCCGUACAUGCCACCCCAGUCACCAGCUCCAUAUGUCGGUGGCAAUGUGCCUGGAAACCGCAAUUCACACAUGUCCAACUUCUCACGCUACACCGAUUACCCUCAACUGGGCGCCCACCCCGCGGCUGUUGCAUCUCGCCAUAUGUCUAUGGGUAACAUGAGUGGUUACCUGGAAAACCCAGGCCACGCUAGCCGUCACAGCCUGGGCUUCAUGCAGAGCACCGAUAACCUAGCACGGGCACGUAGCCCCAUGGGCCAACAACCAGCACGCCCAGCCAGCACCGCAUUUGAUUUCCGCAGCGCCCCUGGUCCUGACGAAAGCUCCAUCACCGAGGCUAUCCGUGGCUGCCUCGCAGAAGUGGAUCUCGACACAGUCACCAAAAAACAAGUCCGCGUCCUCGUUGAACAACGCCUCCAGACCUCGCUUACGGGCGAGAAGCGUGUAUUCUUGGACCAGCAGAUUGACCAUGAACUCGCCAAUAUGUGA